AAUUCAUUCACACCUCUCUUUUCUUCUUUUUUGAUGAAAGUAAAAUUGUGUGGUAAGUAACAGUAAUCCAGGCAUGAAAACAUGAACAAGCAUUAACUUUGACAUUUAAUGCUUCCAACUACACUUACCCCAUUUUCAUAAGUAGCAGUUUUAACUCAUUUAUUGCACCCUCUCUUUCUAUGUCCUUGCCGGUCACCACCCUCUGAACCACCCUUCAACAAUCCAUUUUCUGUUUGUUUUCUCCUUCUACCAAUUCUUAUAUCUCUUAUAGUCUUUUGCUACAAAAAAAGAAAAUGGUGCAACAAGAGUUUCUACCAACUUUUACAAAAUGUGUGUUUCAUUACAAGUUUAAGGACAAUAGCUUCACUUGAUAAAGAAUUGGAACUUGAAGCUAGCUUUUUCAUCUUGGUAAGUUCAACGACCUUUCUCUUUUCACCUUCCAAAAUGUACACAAGAUCCACUAAAAAGCCUUUGUUUUUGCCUGCAAAUAAGUCCUAGAAACCCACCAUGAAGAUUCUGAUUUUGCUAACUAUUUUACACACCCCACCAUUUUUUUUUUAAGUCUCUAUCUUCUACAUUACAAGUUUUUCAUGAAAACUUGUGAAAAAAACCAUAUCUUUGUGGAUGAAGUUUUUUAGUCUUUUUCUGAACUCUUUAAACAACAAUAUUUGUCAUGUUUCUUGCUGAGUUAUCAAUAGGUAUAUUUUAUUCAUCAAAUGAAAGGUGGAAGUCAACAAGAGUAUGUGAUGUCUCAAGUCCAACCAACAUUAUUAGUAAAAAUUCAACCUUUUUGGUUAUAAAAUAAAGUUUUUGAGUCUCUAGGUAUCAUGGGGUUCUCAAGAAAACAAUUCUCAACCUACCUUUUGAAUACUAUUUUAUUUGAGGUUGUUGUUUUUUCAUGGUUAUGGUCAAAAGUAACUGGUCUUGGUUCCAUGUCAUCAAUUGCUGUUUCUUAUGGAGAUAAAGGUUCUGCUUUCUGUGGCUUGAAAUCAGAUGGAUCUCACACUGUGACAUGUUAUGGAAUGAACUCAGCCAUAGUUUAUGGAACACCAUCUCAGUUUCCAUUCCUUGGUCUAACUUCUGGUGAUGGUUUUGUUUGUGGACUUUUAAUGAGUUCAAAUCAACCAUAUUGUUGGGGAAGUAGUAGCCAUAUAGAAAUGGGUGUGCCACAACCUAUGUUUAAGGAUGCUCAGUACUUAGAAAUCAGUGCCGGCGAUUAUCAUGUUUGUGGAUUGAGGAAACCAUUGACAGGAAGACACAGGAACUUUUCUUUUGUUGAUUGUUGGGGAUACAAUAUGACAAAGAACUAUGUGUUUGAUGGACAGAUUCAAUCGAUUUCGGCAGGUUCUGAGUUCAACUGUGGACUUUUUUCGCAGAAUCGGACGGUAUUUUGUUGGGGUAAUGAGGUUAGUACUCAAGUUAUUAGGUUGAUUCCACAACGAAUGAGGUUCCAGAAGGUGUCUUGUGGAGGGUAUCAUGUAUGUGGAAUCUUGGAAGGUGUGAAUUCUAGAACUGUUUGUUGGGGGAGAAGUUUGGGUUUGGAGCAAGAAAUUUCAUUGAUACCUAAUCAAGGACAAGGUGGUAAUGUUGAGUUGGCUCCAAAUGAUCCUAUGCUUUCUGUUGUUGGAGGAAAGUUUCAUGCUUGUGGCAUUAAGAGCUAUGAUCAUGUAGUGAUUUGUUGGGGGUUAAAUUUGAAAACAAGCACAAAAGUUCCUAAAGGGAUUAAAGUGUUUGACAUUGCAGCUGGUGAUUAUUUUACCUGUGGAAUUCUUGCCGCAAAAUCUCUUGAAUCUAUUUGUUGGGGUGUUGGAUUUCCAACUUCUCUACCUUUGGCUGUUUCACCAAGAACAAGAAAGUGUUUGUCUGCACCUUGUCCUCCAAGUUACUAUGAAAUUGAAAAGGAUCAACAAAAUGGUCUAAUUUGUCAAGAUCCAAAUUCUCACCUUUGUGUUCCAUGCAGUGGUGUUUGUCCUGAUGAAAUGUAUCAGAAAAGUGGUUGCAAUUUGAAAUCUGAUAUACUAUGUGAAUAUAAUUGUUCUGUUUGUUCUUCACCUGAAUGCUUCUCAAACUGUUCCUCCUCUUCUUCCAAUGCUGCUAAUGGUGGGAAGAAAAAUGAAAGAUUUUGGUCUAUGCAGUUGAUAGUUAUUGUUGGUGAGAUAGUAUUUGCUGUUUUUAUAGUCAGUGCUGUCUCUAUUACCGCGGUUAUGUAUGUUCGCUACAAGCUAAGAGAUUGUGAGUGUUCAACAAGACCGUUAAACUCGAUGAAGAGACUCAAUGUUAGUUCUUCGGUUCAAAAGGAUAACGGUAAGGUUCGACCGGACGCAGAGGAGAUCAAGAUAAGAAGGGCUCAGAAGUUUUCCUAUGAGGAACUUGAAAAUGCAACCUGUGGAUUCAAAGAAGAAUCAAUUGUUGGGAAAGGAAGUUUUUCAUGUGUGUUCAAAGGUGUUCUCAAAGAUGGAACAGUAGUUGCUGUUAAAAGGGCUAUUAUGUCUCCAAACAUGCAGAAAAAUUCCAAAGAGUUUCACACAGAACUUGACUUGUUAUCUAGGUUGAACCAUGCUCAUUUGCUCAACCUAUUAGGCUAUUGUGAAGAAGGAGGUGAAAGACUACUUGUAUAUGAGUACAUGGCACAUGGAUCAUUGCAUCAACACCUUCAUGGCAAAAACAAAGAGUUGAAAGAGCAAUUGGAUUGGAUCAGAAGGGUAACAAUUGCGGUCCAAGCAGCUCGAGGAAUUGAAUAUCUCCACGGCUAUGCGUGCCCACCGGUGAUUCAUAGAGACAUCAAAUCUUCAAACAUACUCAUUGAUGAAGAACACAAUGCAAGAGUUUCGGAUUUCGGUUUGUCAUUACUAGGUCCAACAGAUAGUAGCUCCCCACUGGCCGAGUUACCGGCCGGAACACUUGGUUAUCUUGAUCCUGAAUACUAUAGACUUCACUACCUCACAACAAAGUCAGAUGUUUAUAGCUUUGGUGUUCUACUAUUAGAAAUUCUAAGUGGUAGAAAAGCUAUUGAUAUGCAAUAUGAAGAAGGUAACAUUGUUCAAUGGUCGGUUCCAUUAAUAAAAUCGGGCGAUAUAGCUUCGAUUUUAGACCCUUGUUUGAAACCACCUUCUGAUAUAGAAGCAUUGAGAAGGAUAGCAAAUGUUGCUUGUAAAUGUGUGAGAAUGAGAGGUAAAGAUAGGCCUUCAAUGGACAAAGUAACAACAAGUUUGGAAAGAGCUUUAGCAAUGUUAAUGGGAAGUCCUUGUAUUGAUCAACCAAUUUUGCCAACUGAGGUUGUUCUAGGAAGUAAUAGAAUGCAUAAGAAAACAUCUCAAAGGUCUUCAAAUCGGUCGGCUUCAGAAAUCGAUGUAGUCGAAGGUGAAGAUCAAAGGUUUGAGUUUAGAGCACCUUCUUGGAUAACUUUUCCAAGUGUUACUUCUUCUCAAAGAAGAAAGUCUUCAGGGUCAGAAGGUGAAGUUGAAGUGAAGAUUGUUGAAGGAAGAAACUAUGGUAAUGUUGUUGGUGGUGGAGGUGAUGUUUUGAGAAGUCUUGAGGAAGAAAUUGGUCCUGCUUCUCCUCAAGAGAGACUCUUCUUGCAACACAACUUCUAAUUUUGGAGGAAGCAAUGAUUAUGUUGCAAAGAAUAUGAUAUUAUUAGUGGCUACGUUAAUUAGUGUUGAAUGUAAUUUUUUGUUUAACUUUUUCUGCAUUUGAGUUUGAUUAUGAAUGCAAAUGUGACAUUAUUUAGUUUUGUAAUUGUAUUGUAUCUUCUGAGAGCUAUGGUUUAGAAUUAGUGGAGCUUUCAUUCUUUGAUGCAACUUUGAUGUAAUGUUAAUGUAACUAUCAUCUCAUUUUAUUGACUGUAAAGCUUAUUAGCUGUGUCAAAAUCUAUAACAACAUUUGUUUUUGCUU